AUGGGGAGCGACUCCACCGUGGUGCGGUCGAUGCCGGAGUUCCUCCGAUCCCCUGCGACGACGGCCACCCCAAGUCAGAACGGCAUCGCCGACGAGGGCGGCGGCGACGGCAUUGGGCGAGGGCGGCGGAGCCUGGGGCAUCGCGGCUGGCCCAUAUGGUUCUGCCGCAAGUCACCAGAUAAGAUGGGGAGAGCAUCUUGUGUUGAGAGUUGGCAGUGGGUGAAAAGCCUAAGCCAGCGAUAUGGGGAGGUGGAGCUCACCUCCUUUUUUCUUCAAACUCCAAUCAAUGUGGAUUCUGUUCUUGCAGAGCUUGCUGUUGGAAACAUUGUCAGACGUGUUUUGCACAUAAUAAAAGAGGAGGAUAUAUCUUCUACAGCAGUUGGAAUCGAAGGUCUUUCUGUUACUGUUGACAGUGAUGAUGAAUUUGACAGUGAGCAUGAUGAUCGCCCUGCAUUGUCUGCUGCUGUCCUUGCUGCACAUGCUAGAAAUGCCCUUCGCGCACCAUCAUUGCAGACUCUCCUAGAAGAUAUUCCCGUGACUCCUGCAAUUUCCCGCACGGCAUCAUCAACUGGUGACUCAGAUGGAAAAAGUAAAUCUGGAGAUAAGAGCUCAACUAGGAAGCUGAAGCAUGAUGUCAUCGCAGCCAUUGGUGAUCUUAUUGAUGAGAUUGACUCAUGCUACGAACCGAUUUCUGAGCAAGCUGUGGAACUUAUUCACCAAAAUGAGGUAAUCCUAACUCUAGGCCGUUCUAGAACUGUCAAGGAGUUCUUGUAUGCUGCGAAAGAGAAGAAGCGAUCUUUUCGUGUAUUUGUUGCUGAAGGUGCUCCAAGAUAUCAGGGCCAUGUUCUUGCAAAAGAGUUGGUUGAGAAAGGUGUACAAACUACAGUUAUAAUAGACUCAGCAGUUUUUGCUAUGAUCUCUCGAGUUAACAUGGUCAUAGUUGGAGCACAUGCUAUAAUGGCAAAUGGUGGAGUGAUUGCACCAGUUGGGAUGAACAUGGUUGCACUUGCUGCUCAAAGGCAUGCUGUGCCCUUUGUUGUGGUUGCUGGUAGCCACAAGCUGUGUCCUUUGUAUCCACACAACCCAGAGGUGUUACUGAAUGAACUUAAGUCGCCAUCUGAUUUGCUUGACUUCGGCGAGUUCUCAGAUUGCAUGAAUUUCAGUACUCAGGAUGGCAGCCCCCUACUAAAUGUUGUCAAUCCGACAUUUGACUAUGUGCCACCAAAGCUUGUGAGCCUAUUUGUCACUGAUACUGGGGGCCACAGUCCAUCUUAUAUGUACCGGCUCAUUGCUGAGUACUACUCAGCAGAUGAUCUCGUAGUGCAACGGAAGUCAACAGCAUGAAGGAACACAAAAGCAUUCAACUUCGUGUUCUGAAGAGCUAAAGAUGUUCGGAUUCGGUUACUGUCAAACUGAGGGAAAUCAAUGCAAGCAUUCUCCUUGCGGUACCUGUAAUGGUUGCGGCGUUUUGGGUGUAAACUGUUGAGGAAAUGUGGAUGUGACCUACUAUGGAUGAAUUGUUUUGACUACAGAAGAUACAAAUGUAUGAUUGAUGUAGAGGGUGGCUGUUCCAUAUCCGUGCAUCCUGGUCUGGGACAGUCCAAAUUUUGCCUGUUCUAAAUUCCAGCUGUUUCAUGUGUAUGAAGUAUUCGAAUACACACUAACGGAAUUUGCUGAGCUAUUUUUCAUCUUUUUUUAAAUUGACCAUACUCA